GUUGGUUGAUCCUGCUCCCACCCCUGUGUUGGCCGCGAGGGGUGGGCACGCCUCUCCUCCACACCGGUUACCCUGGGGAUCCCGGCGCUCCACGCGCCCCGAGAGCGGCGGGGCCCUCUCCGGCGGGCUCCUACGGCGGCAGCGUGGGCGUGAGCCAGCGCACGGCGCAGCACCCGUGGCUGACGCGGCUGCUGGCAGGGGCGCUGUGCGCGGAGAUGCCGGACUUCCCGUUCACCUCCAUACAGCUGAACUAUAACUACGCCUCGCGCCCGCACGUCGACAAGAACAACCUCGGGGCGAGCGUCAUAGUCGGGUUCGGCGACUACGACGGCGGCGAGCUGUGGGUGCACGACGCCGAGGGCGACGAGGAGCUCGUGCUCGGAGGCG